AUGCAAGUUUCUGUGUGGCUAUCUAUUUGCAGUUUCUUUCUACAUAGCGUUUAUGGCUAUGGAUAUAGGCGAGCGGAAAUUGGGCCUGAGUUUAUUUCGUCGUCUCGCCCUCUGAAUUAUUCUUUAGUUGCUUCGUCAACUGCUUCUUUGAUUGUUUCUUCAACCGCUUCUUCAUCUAUAGUCGCGGGCACUUCCAGUCAUGGCGUUGCAGUGGCACCUCCGUUGUCAUCAUCAUCAUCACCAUCAUCAACACAAAGGACACGGAAUGGUAGCAACUCCGGCUUCAUUUUACUCCCCUCUUCAGCUAGCACGUGGCACCCCGAGAGCACCAGCUCCAGCAAACCCUCAUCAGCUAUCACAUCGGGGUUCAGCGGCUUUGGCUUCAUUCCGCGCCCGUCCUCAGCUAGCACAUGGCACCCUGACAUCUCCGACUCUACCACAUCCUCUUCAUCAACUGUCGCAUCGGAUAUGAGCAGCUCUGGCUAUAUUCCAUUCGCAUCCUCAGCUAGCACAUCCUCAUUAGCCAUCACAUCGGGUUUCAGCAGCUCCAGCUCCAUCCAAGUGCUGCUCCCUCCCAUUGCUGCUUCAACGACUGAGAGUUCUUCUCAAUCUUCAACGCAGCUACCUAGUUCUUCUUCAGCUGCUGCAAUUAUUAUGGCAACCUCGAUCGUAGUCGCUGCUAUUCCCAUUCCCACCUCUAACUCGGCCAUGACCACCGUCACCAAUCCAUCAAAUCCUGCCGAGAGUGUGACUUUCGUCAAGGAGCGAGUUUCCGACAAUUUCCUGGCUGGGUUGCCAAUAAUUAGUGCUGCAGGCCUGGCUGCCAUGGUAACGGUAGGCGGUAUUGCCACGCCCGUUGUUAUUGAUUCUGCUGGCAUGAUGGUUAUACCUGUUGGCUCCGUGCCUUCGUGGUUGACUCCGGGAAUGUACCCGGCAUCGGGUGAUAUUCCUGAAUUAUUGGAUGCUAGCUCAUCCUCCACCUCUUCUUCUGCCUCGAGCACGGCAAGCUCCACGAUAUCCGAGACCAUUUCCCUUCUAACUAUGUGCCUCACGGUCACGACAGAUGUCGGCGCAUUCACAGCUGUCCCAAACAGCCCAGAGGAUGCACCCAUCACCGGCUCCGGCCCAUCAUGGACAGUUACCUCGGCAGCAUCCACUUCCAGCUCUCUGGCUCCCGGCUUUCUGACUUCGAGCUCUCUAGCUUCCAGAGCUAUGGCUUCCAGCGCUAUUUUUUCCAGUGCCAUGGCUUCUAGCACUACGGCUUCUAGCACUACGGCUUCCAGCGUUAUGGCUUCCAGCGCUAUGGCUUCCAGUCCUCUGUCCUCCGGCUCUCUGGCUUCGAGUUCUCUAGCUUCCAGAGUUAUGGCUUCCAGCGCUAUUUCUUCCAGUGUCAUGGCUUCUAGCACUAUGGCUUCUAGCACUAUGGCUUCUAGCACUAUGGCUUCCAGUCCUCUGUCCUCCGGCUCUCUGGCUUCGAGCACUUUGGCCACUAUGGCUUCCAGCUCUCUGGCUUCGAGCUCUCUGGUAUCGAGCACUCUAGUAUCGAGCACCCUGACUUCUAGCACUCUGAGCCCAGAAACCCCCUCAGACGCACCAGAUACGCCCGUGGUAUCCAUUAACACGGUAAAGCCUAGAGGGCAAGGAACUAUUAUGGUGGGUAUCUUCCCAAACAUCGACCGUAUACCAACAAAAGUCUGA